AUGGUGGAGAGGGGGUUCACGUUGGCGAUCGUGGCCGAGCCCCACCGCCCCCCCAGGACAGGCAGACCAUUUUGGGCUGUCGAUAAUGGGGCUGCGGGGGACUCGGUCGCGAUACGAUGGCGGUCGGUGCCGGGCGGGCCCGACACGACCGCCAUCACUAGCGGCGAACGGCACGUAGCCGUUCAGUGGGGGCCCAUCGCGGUCGUGGGGGUUUACCUCAGGCCCACCAGGCGCCCUGCCCCGUUUGAGGACUGGCUCUCGGACAUAGGACAGACUGUCCUGAGUCUGAGUCCGAGGCCAGUCAUCGUGGCCGGGGACUUUAACUCGUGGCAUGCGA